AUGGCUAUUGGCAUCAUCUUGGGCAACUUUGUUCCCGAGACGGGGCCAGCCUUGCAGAAGGGCAAAUUUGUGGGUGUUUCAGUGCCGAUUGCUGUUGGCUUGCUUGCCAUGAUGUAUCCCAUCCUUUGCAAAGUACGGUACGAAUCGCUGCACGAGCUCUUUUCGCACAGGGAGAUGUGGAAGCAGAUCUGCUUCAGCCUUUUCGUCAACUGGAUCCUUGCUCCUUUCCUCAUGCUUACCCUGGCCUGGGCUUUUCUCCCUGACGAGCCAGAGCUUCACACCGGUCUUAUUCUCGUGGGCCUUAGGAGAUAUAUUGCGAUAGUCCUCAUUUGGAAUAAUCUCGCCGGCGGCAGCGACAAAUACUACGCUAUCCUCGUCGCUAUUAACUUGAUACUCUAG